GCAGCCGAGGGGAAGAUGGCGGAGGAGGAGAAGCUGCCCGCGGGAUGGGAGAAGCGCAUGAGCCGCAGCUCCGGCCGUGUCUAUUACUUCAACCACAUCACCAACGCCAGCCAAUGGGAGAGGCCGAGCGGCGGAGCCGGGCGCAACGGCCCCGGGGAGCCCAGCAAAGUGCGUUGCUCCCACCUGCUGGUGAAGCACAACCAAUCACGGCGCCCGUCCUCCUGGAGGCAGGAGAAGAUCACGAGGACCAAAGACGAAGCCCUGGAGCUCAUCAACGGCUACAUCCAGAAGAUCAAAUCAGGAGAAGAGGACUUUGAAUCUCUCGCUUCGCAGUUCAGUGACUGCAGCUCAGCGAAGGCUGGGGGAGAUCUGGGCGCCUUUGGACGUGGUCAGAUGCAGAAACCCUUCGAAGACGCUUCGUUUGCGCUGAGGGCGGGCGAGAUGAGCGGGCCGGUGUUCACAGAGUCAGGGAUCCACAUCAUCCUGCGCACGGAGUGAAGGGCUGCAGUGCAAGGGCCGGGGGGAGGAAGAAGGAAGGAGAGAAGGAAGGAAGGGAGGAAGAAGGAAGGAAGGAAGAAAGGAAGGAAGGAAGGAUGCGACCCACUCCGACCCCACGCUCUCCUAUAGGGACUUCACCUCCAGUUGAAAAGAAAAGAAUGAAAAAAAAAAUAAGAAAAAGCAGAAAAGAAGCUCAUUUCAUAUGUCAGUACCUUUCACGGCACCUGACGGUGGGGUGCUGGUUUGGGUGAACGAAGAAUGGGACGGCAGAAACUUCCGGAACGUUGGAAAAAAACGACGCCGCUUCUUCCGCCUCUCCCAUCCCGUCGUCGCAGCUCCUGAAGCCGAGGAGGGGUCCGUGCUGGAGGACCCCCCCUGCCCCCCUUCCAUCCCCUCCCACCCCCCACCGCUGGUACAGAUGCAGAGUAUUUAUUGCAGCGCUGACGGCGGCGAAGCUGAGCUGUGAACUGCGGUGCUACGACAGAGCAAACCCCCCCCCGACCCCCCCCAACCCCCCCACCCCUCUGCAUGUUUGUUCAGACGCAUUUGGACCGGAAUAAAGCG